AGAAACAAUCUGAGUCUCGUCAUGCUACAGAAACUGGAGAUAAGCACUGGCCAGAUUGGCCUCUUGGCUUGUACACAGACUACAUGUACAUGUAGUUUACCUUUUACUCUUCGUUGCCUUGUACUGUGUGUAUUUGUAGUCAGAUGAAUGUUAAACAAUGUUAAACUGUGUGAUGAACAUCUUCAAAUUUGCAUGUUCUUAGUCCAGGUGGAGGGAAGGGAGGGAGCUCAAGGAAAAAGGAGGCAGGGAGGUGUAAAUGGGGCAGUGGUUUAACACUCUAUUUUAAUAAGUAAACCGCCACUUCUUUAUUGACUUCUUUCCCCCUCCCCCUGAAAGACACACACCCACACAAAUACAAAAAAAUUCCAGGGAAAACAUUUUCAUCUUCUCCCAACAUACAAUGUAAUUCUGUAAUUGCCAUCCUACCCUGUAAACCCUAUACACCUUCGUUUUGUUGAUACUGUUGAGCAUCAAGACCUCCCUCCCCCCUUCCUGCACUCUGCCACUCAUUGCCUUGCCUUGGUCUCCCAAAGGCGAUAAUUUUUUUUGUGGUGACUUUACUACCUGGCAGGGGCGUGACGUCACAAGCGGUACACUGCACGUUGGGUCAAAAACCGUCAGCCUCGUUCUCAAGGGAAAGAGAAGAUCUUGAGAACGAGGUUGUUUACAACUGCCAGAAACCUCAAAUGCAAAUUGCUCAGAAUCAGGUUAGGAAGUCAUGGGAAGCCGAUGGUGGUGACAGCGACUAACGCUGAGCUGCGAGGCGAUUCAUGGAGGGCCAAGCUGGCUUGUUGGACCCAAGUUCGAACGACUUGGCCGAUGUGUUUAUGGAUUUCAGUUUAUCGAAACGUGAACCAGACGAACGUGGUAAAGAUGAUUUCUCUUCGUGCGAAUUCAAGCGAAAUUCUUCGAGCAGUUCUGUGUCCUCCGGGACAACAGAUACUUCAAAACCUCGUGUAUCCGUGGACAGUGAGGAAGGCGAUGGAUCGACCUCGGCGACAAGCACCUCUGCGACUACCGAAUGUGUUGUGUGCAGCGACAAAGCAACUGGCUACCACUACGGCGUGUUCACAUGCGAGGGUUGUAAGGGGUUCUUCAAGCGCACGGUACAGAAGCAGUUAGAGUAUACUUGUAAGGGAGACGGUAACUGCGAAGUCAAUCAGAUCAACAGGAACCGCUGUCAAUACUGCCGUUUCCAAAAGUGUGUAGCAAAAGGAAUGCUCAAAGAAGCUGUGAGGGAGGAUCGCACCCCCGGAGGACGACAUCGUCAUCGCUCCCUGCAGGAUCAUCGUCCUAAAAAGCAACGGGCUCGAGACGACGCCACGAACGGGACAACAGACGGACUUGAUCCUAGUGUUGAAAGCGCUGCGGCGAAACCGAAACCGGCAGAGCCCGAGACUCCACAGGAGGAUUUCAUGUCGUUUAUAGAAAAGAUCGGAGAGCAAGUUACUCAGAUCCCUCAUAUCCCAGGACAGACUUAUGAAGAUGAAACUACCAAAGAAAAAGACGUCAACAAGAUGAUGGAGUUAGCUUAUCAAGAGCUGUACAUGAUCAUUCAAUGGGCGAAGGAUGUGCCUGGAUUCAAGGAGAUCGAUCUGGAAGACCAGGUUUGCCUGCUCAAAGCGUCCUUUAUGGAUCUUAAUGUGUUUCGCCUGGCGUACAGAUCGGUGCCGUGCGAUCCCAUGUCGCUAAGGUUUGGCAAGGAAUUUUUCUGUGAAAAGCACGAAGUUACGGCGUUUGGUUGGGGCGAGGACUUGGUCGACACCACGUUGGAGUUUACUGAUAAGCUGCGCAGUUUGAAUAUGGAUGUCAACGAGUUUGCCUGUUUGAAUGCGCUUGUUCUUCUCUCUCCAGAUACGCCCGACCUAAAAGACAAAGAAAAGGUUACUCAGCUGCAAUCGAAGGUCAACAGCCACUUGCGUGACUAUUCCGCUUCGCGUUACCCACAGAAGGUCAAUCGCCUUGGCAAGCUGCUUCUCUGCCUUCCAACCCUACGCUUGUACAGCGAGAAAGCAAUGGAAAAUUAUGUCACGCUAGAGUUCUUUGGCAAGUUGGAUAUGCCGCCUUUGGUGGCCGAGCUUAUGGAAUGAUGUCAAGGUGACAGGGCGUGACUUUAAGUCACGCAACAGUGUUGUGAUUGAAGACUGAGUAGAUUGAACCACAUGUGAUUCUCGCAAUCUUGACGACAACAGACAAUGUUGAGAUAUUAAACAAGCUUAUCUGAAAACGUGAUAAAGCUCAUAAUUGAAAUCAUCUCGAGGAUAUGUUAAGGUUUGUAUUCAAUAACAGAAAUUAGAAGGCGCACUAUAAAAGAGGGCUUAUCGAAGGAAACUAUAGAAGGACCAAAAAAUCACCCCAAAUGAUGAGAUAUGUUAACCCACGGGUCUAUGGUACCGUGUGUCCGUGAGAAGGGAAAGAAAAAAAGACAUAAUUUCGUGAUAAAAUCCGAGCGGAAAUUAGACAGUGUGUAGAACUAUAAUAGCCACGCAUUUAAUUUCGUUGAUAAGAAGUAAGAUUGACUUUCAAAUCAGAAGUAUCGUAGAAGUAUCGUAGCGCAGGCUUGCCCUAUGAAGAAAUCCAAGAAUUUCAAACUCACGAGUAAGGGAAACACUUCAGCUGAUAAUGCAUGUGUUAGUGAAUAAGGUUUGUUGCGUGAGAACUGCAAAAGAGGUUUUUUGAUUUUCAGGGGAGUUGAUGGGUAUUUUGGUAGUAGAACAAGAAUUUCACAGAAGCAAACGUAAGAGUUAUAUGUAAGUGAGAAGGUGUUCAGGUUGGAAAGACUGAGUUGUAUCUUCUUUAUAGUGCGCCUUCGUAGUGAAGUUGAAUUUCUUUUGAUUUAUCAGUGAUUACUGGAAGCUAUCCAUGGAGCCAGUUAGAACUAUAAAACCGUCGCUGCCUGCUAGUCUUAUCUGUUUAUUAUUCUGUUGAUAGAAGAUGUUUUAAAUAUCGACAAGAUAUCCGAAUGCUCUCGAGUUUUGGUAGAAACUAUAUAUUCGGGCGCGUUCGGAAAACGUCGAUAGUAAUCGGCAGUGCACGGCUCUGAAAUUGACUAAUUUGUCUUUUGUGUUGAUUUGUUGUCUUUUUAAAUCAUUGUGUUGAGAGGAAGAGGUAUCUUCUAAAGAUAAACAACGAUUACGUGUCGUUUAAAACAAGACGUUGAAAAAAUAUUUUUACAGUGACUUUCUGCCCUUAUUGAUAUUAAGAUUUGACAACUUUUGAAAUUCCUGUAAGGUCUCAGUCGAUUAAAGUGCUAGCAGUGCAUGUGGAUGUCAUAGCACGUGAUUAAAUCGCACGUGCAUUUGGUGGCUUUGUUUUCCCGUUUCAUAGACUAACACUAACGUCGUUUGUGAUUGGAUUAAAGACUGUGGACGCUUUCCAUUCAAACAAAAUUCCGAAAAUUUCGAAACGGGGACAACUGGUACGGAAAUUUCCUGGAAAAGUUUCCAGAAAAUCCGGAAAUUGUCGAAUGUCCCUAAAGCGAACUAUUCAACCGAAAAUUUCGGAAAUUCGGGGAGGAAAUUCAAAUGGAAGGCGAAUUCCUGGUAAGAAAUUUUAAACAAUGUGGGUAUAUAUUGCAAGAUUGUCCUAUAUUCUGUUCCAUUCGACGCAAGAAAAAUUUCCGGAAAUUCAAACCGGCAUUGUCGGUCGAAUGGAAAGUGCCCGAGGUAUACUCAAAUGUUCAAAAAUUUCUUACAAUUUGUGAUCCAGUUGACCCCGUUUCAAGAAUAUUUUGGUCGAAUAGUAAGCAGUCUGUGUGAUGAACGCAAAAUAGACCUUUUGUAGAGUUGACGCGUUUUGCCGGAGACGGUUUUGGAAAUCAUUUCUACUCACCUCAAAAUGUUUAAAAGUUGUCAAAUUUAAAUUUUAAGAAACCAAAGGACUGACAAGGUUAUGUUGCCAGCCUUUUAAAAGAGUUGUAACAAAUAAUAUUAUCGUUUGCGAAGUAAUUUAUAUAUAGUUUGAAACCGUUUGGUAUUUAGAGAAUCGUGACACAGUUUUAUCAAGUCCAACACCCUGUUGGAUGAUAAAUGUCCGCUUUCCCCGCGCACUUUCGAGAACUGGUCGGCCCAGGGCCCUUGGACGAGAACCAGACAGCGCGGUGGAAUUGAAACGUCCGGAACCCAGGGUUAAGGAGCCUGGUUCUUCAACUCCAGAGAACUUAGAUUAGAUAUGAUUUUCUGGUUCUUCAUCUUGAGAUAACUUAGAUUAGAUAUGAGUUUCCCAUAUAUGUGAGUCUAUAACGUGCCCUUGCGGAAAAAAAUAUGGUGUAGAUAUUGCAUCUAGUAGGAGUUCUAUCCAAUAUGGUGGCCGUUAGGAAUAUACGUUUAUGUUUAAAAGAAGAGACAUGGUCUAAAAGAGUUUUAACCAUUAUUAAACUUAUCCUUAGCGCGAGAAAUAUUAGUUGGUGAACUUGUAAAGUUCUUGUGUCAGAGCCUGUGGUUUAAUUGCCAGGGCCUAGAAGAGAGAUAAAAAGAGGAUGUGCGAAGAAACCAGCGCCGUGCGAGGUCUCCCUCAAUUUUAAGACCUUUUUAAGGAUAAUUAUGACAGAAAGCCAACAUAUUGGCUGCUUAGCUGUUGAAAAACAGGAGUUGUUUGUGUAAAUUAUGGUAAAAACCGAAGAUUUUCCGUGUUUUUACAUAAACCAAUCAGAAACACGCACAGGAACUGACGUCAUGCUACUCAGCAACACUUGUGACCGUCAAACCCGCGGGCUCAGUCAUUCCUUGAAGUUCAAAAAAGGUUUCUUGUUUCCUCUAGUGACUUGUUUGCAGAAAAUAAUAGUAGAUGCCAGAGACGUCAAACGUACAAACUUUCAGCCUCGUUCCCAGGGAGAAGGUAGACCUUGGAAACGAGGCUGAAGACUCAAAUGUUAGUUGAAAGAGCCAAUACAAUAUUAUAGAAAAAAAAGUUAUGGAUUUCAGCAAGAACUGAUUGAAGCACCAGUUCUGAGAUAAUUGAGGGAGACUUACAUGCAGUGAUUGUGGGGCUAAAUGAAAUAGCUCGUACUUCUUGUUUCUAUAAUUUUAAGAAUAAAAAAAUGAGAUAAAUAUUAACUGUAUGACUAAGUAUUUAAGAUUAAACGUUUCAGGUUGGGUUUGAUGGUCAUGAUUAUGUAUGGUUUGGUGAACUGCCUGGCCUAAGUACGAGGUAUCUCAUUUACAAGUCUUGGACAGUGAGGUUGGGGACAUGAAUAAAUCGAUGAUUAGUAACUCGUGAACUAAUGCCACUGCUCUUUUACAGCAUUGAAUGACAUGUUCAACUUGUUAAGUAUCCAGAACUCAUUGUCCAAGGUUACAGUCCCGUCAGUCUAAUGUUGACAUUCUCAGCUGGGCUUUUCUGUGAGGUCGAUUGUGGCCUCGCUGUCAUGCGGUCAUUUGAUCAUUUUGACCGUCAUUCCCGGAUGUUAAUAAUACAUAAAUAAGACUAAGUAAAACUUAGGAUAAAAAGAUUUAAUUUGUUCAGGUUGUAAGAAAUAAUAAAGACACAUGAUUUCUCGUA